ACAAGGCUUGAUAAAUCGACAUGAAUAUUUAAAUCUUGUUGGAAAUUGUGACAUUUAACAGACAUAUUGCACGGAAUAAUUAAACUUAUUGGUUUAAUAUGGCUUCAAAGCACACAAAGUCCUUUAAAGACUCAAUGGAAAUGGCAUCUGAUUUGAUCUAUGACUUUGUCUGCUCUCCGUGUCAAGAAGACAAGCUAAAUACUGAGGCCAAGUAUUUCUGUGGGGACUGCUCAAAAUACUACUGUGACAAAUGCCUGCCUUUUCACUCCAAAAUCCUCAAACAGCACACUGUGUUGGGCCGUAGGGAUGUGGACAAGUGGCUUGGGCAGGGUGACGCCCUCAUUUUAUGUGACCUUCACCCACAAGAGGUCAUUAAACUUCUGUGUGAGGACCAUGCUGAGAUGUGCUGCCACCUCUGUGUGUCCUUAAAUCACAGGAUGUGCCGAAGCAUCAGCUUGAUCUCAGACCUCGCCAAGGGCGUAUACAAGAUGGCCGAUUUCAAGCAGCUUUCAUCCAAUGUUGCUAAGAUAACAACAAGCCUUAACCAGGAAAGAGAGGUCAGAAAGAAGAACCAAUGCUCCUUGAAGACUUCUGGGAAGUCUAUGCUGACAAAGAUCACGGACCUAAGAAAGUCACUGAACCAGCUGCUGGAUGAGCUGGAGAAGAAGACAGUGAAACAGAUGGACAGCGUCCUGGCUGACCUGGAUGUCACACUACAGAAGGACAUCGACUCCUGCGCACUGAUACAUAAUCAGCUCAAUGCCUUGCUGAACACCAUCAAAGCCCAGGCCAAGGACAACGAGCCAAGCUCCUACAAUGACUUCUGGAUGUGUGAAGAGAAGAUGGCAGAAGCCAACAGCCUGCUCCAGGAGAUGUCCACAAAACCUGAACUGACCGCCACUUUCCAGUCUGAUACCAGGGUUACACAACUGCUGUCUAACAUGCAUUCAUUAGGCAAGAUCCAAGGAUAUCAGGAAAGCAAAAAGAUCUCUGAGCAGAUCAGGCCAUUGCCUGAUAAAUCAAGGGGUUUUGUGGUUAAGAACAAGUCAACCUUCAAUGUGAACAUCAAGCAAGAUACAAAAACCUGUGAUAUUAUGGGUAUCACAGAACUUCCAUCAGGAGAGAUAAUUCUUUUAGAUACUAGCAAUAAAAGAGUGAAGGUAUUGAACAAGGAGUAUAAGGUAAUAACCCAGUGUGAUGUCCUUCCAAAGCCCGAGGACAUCUCAGUAGACUGUGGUGACAGGGAUGAGGUCCAAUUUCUCACCGUGUCAGCUGGCACCAUCAAGAUGACCAGGAAGUUCUCAGUAAACCAUGAUUGCAAGUCCAUCAAGCACCAUGGGGACCAGCUGUAUGUGGGUUCCAAUACAGCCCUGUACCUCUACACCACAAAUGGCAAGCAAGUCAAGAAAUUGUAUCAAGACACACCAGGAGGGUGGUCAGUGGCUCAAUUUGCUGUAAACCAAGUUGGCAAGAGGAUAUACAUCUGUGACUUUACCAAUAACAAAAUCAAAACAAUUGACAGCAAUGGCAAUGUUCUAGCAUCACUGAAGGAUCAAGACAUUAUUGAGCCAUAUAGUGUACAUGUGAGUGAGGGUGGACAUGUGUUUGUGUGUUCAUUGUGCUCCAAGACAGUGGUGCAGGUUGACCAGGAAGGCAGGAAGAAGCUGGCCACACUGGUUGGGAAGGGAGAUGGCGUCAACUAUCCACAGGCAGUUUGGUACAGCACCCACACUGGCAGACUGAUUGUGGGUGGAGGACAAGAUGAUAUUGUGGUGAUGGAACUUCAGUAGAGAGACUGUCGGAAAGUCGACAAUAGUUGGAAAUAGUUGAUGAAGUGAUGGAAGGAAAACAUUGAAAGAGACAGAAAUCAGAUGCUAACUAGUUAUAUUAUAUAUUGUAACUGUAACUCCUGGAGUGUGUUAAUCAUAUUGAACUAUCUUGAAUGUUAUCAAUUCAUUAUUAUCUGUAGGCUAAUCUAGGUUUUACUUACAUGACUGUCAAAUACUUUUGUUAGUUACCAUAACAAGAACAUAACAGAAAUUGAAUUUUACAAGUAUGUGUGUUUCUUACAAUAUUGCAUUAUCAAUAAUUAUAUUUAUAGAACAUUUUGAAUUUAUAUCUGUAUAAAGUAAUAUCUUAUAAAAUGAUUAAAUAUUAUCAAAAUUAAGGGUAAAAUAAUAUAUGAUUUAGGAUCCCCAAAAACAAACAUACUGAUUAAUAUCCUGAUUUAGUAUGUUAAAAAAUAAAUACCCUUAUUUAGUAUCAUCAAAACCAAAAUGUGUUGAUUAUUGGUAGAAUUAUGAUUGUUUAAG